UAUAACGCGCUGUGUUGACGCCACGUUCUUGUGGUAUGUCCCAUACAAAUUGAAUGUACGUGAGGAUUUUUGACUGUUCCAAUUUAGGUAUAUCAGUAAGAACCACCAGUUUUUGGAGUUUCGCAAGUUACGUUGGAUUUAGGUAUUUAAUUUGCAUAACGACUUCGAUUAUCAGAAAAAAUGUAGAGCAAUCACAUUUUGUGGAAUAUGAAGCGCUGGCAGCACUGUUUUUUGACAUUCCUCCGCUGUGGACUGCGGAUGUAAAUUUCUGCGCCUGUGCCCCUUAUAUCAAAAUAUCUUAUUGGACAUUAGACCUAUAAAUGAACUAGGAGUACUAUCAGAGUUUUACUAAACACGGCGCUGUACGUAUGUAAGUAUUCCUCCACAUGCAGAAAAACAUAAAGUUCUUUUAUUUCCGCAUAUUGAUAACAUCAUUCAAGUUUAAUUUCCGGCGGUGAAUUUGAAGGCGAGCAUAAAACAAAAAUAGAAAUCAAUCAAAAUCUGAAUUGCAUUAAGGCCAAAUCAAAAAAAAAAUUAAAAUUACAUUUGCUGAAGAAAGUAAAGCUCCAAAGCAAUUAAAAGUAAAAAAAAUUUUAUAAAUUCAAAACCUUGAGUAUAACUGUUAAACAUUUCAAGUCAUCAUGUCGCACUGGGAAGAAUUUUAUAAUACGCAUUUACCGCCAACCGAUUUCGAGGAUAAUCGCUCAUUAUUAAAGGAAUUUUGUGAACGACACAAUAAACUACAGAAUCGUAUCGUCCUUGUAACGUCAGGUGGCACCACAGUCCCCUUGGAACACAAUACUGUACGUUUUGUUGAUAAUUUUAGUGCGGGUACACGUGGCUCAACAUCUGCUGAGUAUUUCCUUGAGCAUGAUUAUGCCGUUAUAUUUAUGUAUCGCGCCAAAUCGCUUGAACCAUUCACACGUCACUUGACCGGUCAACAAUUUUUUGAUAUGCUCGACAUAACCGAUAAUGGACAGAGUACAUCGAUAACGGUGAAACCGGAUUCCGUUGAUGUAUUCGCACCAAUAUUAGCCAAAUAUAAACAAGCCCGCGAAUCACAAAUGAUAUUGUAUGUGAAUUUCAAUACUGUGGCCGAUUACUUGUGGCUAUUACGUGCCGCAUGCGAAUGUUUGGCGGCAUUCGAGGAAAGAGCAUUGUUGUACUUAGCUGCAGCAGUGUCGGACUUUUAUGUUCCUCAAGAUAUGAUGCCUGCACACAAAAUCCAGUCCGGUCAAGGUGCACCGACGAUCUCGUUGCAGUUUGUGCCAAAAAUGCUUGCGCCAUUGGCAAGUCUCUGGGUGCCUCAUGCAUUUGUUGUCUCAUUCAAAUUAGAAACUGACGAGAAUUUAUUGAUUACCAAGGCGCGGGAUAGUCUUUACAAAUACAAUCAUACG